UUUUAAGUGCAAAAGAUACACGUCGUGCAGUUACAAAUAAGAUUAAAUAUUUAUGCGAAUUGUCCUAAAAGUUUCCAUUCUAUGUAUAUUCUAUUUCAUGCAUUGCUCAUAUUGAUGCUUCGUGAUCAUAGACAUAGGUUAUAAUUUUACCGCCGAGAUUUGUUUGGAACGCAUUUUUCAUUAUAAAUACUUAUAAUUUACUACUAGCGUAUGCGAUACUGAAUAUAUAAUCACAGUGAUCUUUUGCAAAUUAUCAUGUUGUUUUAUUCCUUCUUCAAAUCCUUGAUCGGAAAGGACGUAGUGGUCGAAUUGAAAAAUGACCUCAGUAUCUGCGGCACAUUAUAUUCUGUUGAUCAGUAUCUGAACAUAAAAUUGGCUGACAUUAGCGUAACAGAUUCAGAGAAGUAUCCUCACAUGUUAUCUGUAAAAAAUUGCUUUAUCCGUGGAUCUGUGGUGCGAUAUGUACAACUUCCAGUGGAUGAGGUAGACAUCCAUCUUUUAACUGAAGCGGCACGGAGGGAAGCAAUGAAUGCUCAAGCAAGAUAGCUCAUAAUUUCACUAAAUAUAUUGCUUACAUUAAGAA